UAGGUCGCACACAAAACCAGCGCGAUCUGAGCAGCCAUUGCGGAGCAGAGACAGGCGUUCCGGACUGGAUUGCAUUGACACGCACGCGAUUAAAAGGCCACGGAACACGUAAAGGAGAGUCCGAACCCGGCACUGAUCUGUCCGUAGGUGUGGGGUCACUGGGGUCUCAGCUUCUCUAUCACCUGGAGUUGAGCUGUAGGUUUUCUUUUGGCAUCGGGGUGGUGACAAUAGUUUUUCCUUCCUAACAUGACGGUUAAUCCCGAUUAUCUGCUGCUUUUAUUCACCACCACAUCUGGCGCAAGUGGGGACCAAUUAGGAUCAGAUGAAAAGGAAAUUGUACAGUUGGUUUGGCAAGUUGUGGAUUUAGCGACUAAACAGGCUGGUCGAGUGAACAUACUGCUUGUCAAACCGGAGCACAUUGAGCUCUCUGAGGAGUGUCAGGAGGUGACUGGACUCACCGAGGAGGCCUUGACCACUGCUGCUCCACUUGAGGAAGCCAUUGACCAGUUGAAUCAGCAGUUUUGUGCGGAGGUGGACACAGAUGCAGGGAACACCUUCUGCCUCUGUAUGGAUGGACAGCUGCACAUGCGUCAAGUCCUGCAUCCUGAGGCCUCCAGCAAGAAUAUUUUUUUGCCUGAGUGUUUUUUCUCAUUUUUUGAUCUGCGGAAAGAGUUUAAGAAAAUAAUCUCAUCAGAAGGGGAAUUGAAAGACUUGAAUCUUCAGGUCAUGGCUGACUAUCUGAAUGUUGUUGUAGAUUCAUCUCUUCAUGCUUUCACUGCUUACAAGGUUGAGCAGAUGUCAAAUAUUGUUUUAGCACUCCUCUCUGAGCCUGUUUGCCAUACAUUUUCUUGUCCUGAAAAAGUGAAUGACAAGUUUGAGACUGGCACCUGCAGUAAAAUGGAGAGGGUAGACGAUAACACGGUGAUAAGAGCUCGAGGUCUUCCUUGGCAGUCCUCAGACCAGGACAUCGCUCGUUUCUUCAGGGGUCUCAACAUCGCCAAAGGAGGUGCUGCGUUGUGUCUGAACGCUCAGGGCAGGAGAAAUGGAGAAGCACUGGUGCGAUUUGAGAGUGAAGAGCACAGGGAUCUGGCCCUGCAGAGACACAAGCAUCACAUGGGCACCAGAUACAUUGAGGUUUACAAGGCAACAGGUGAAGACUUUCUAAAGAUAGCAGGAGGUACCUCUAAUGAAGUAGCCAAUUUUCUCUCGAGGGAGAAUCAGGUUAUUGUACGCAUGCGUGGACUUCCGUUCACUGCCACUGCGGAGCAGGUGCUGCAGUUCUUCUCCCCGGCGUGCCCCGUGACUGAUGGCAGCGAAGGCAUUCUGUUUGUACGCUUUCCCGAUGGCAGGCCCACUGGGGACGCUUUCGUCCUGUUUUCCUGCGAGGAGCAUGCUCAGAACGCGCUGAAGAAACACAAGGACAUCCUGGGCAAGAGAUACAUAGAGCUCUUCAAGAGCACUGCAGCUGAGGUGCAACAGGUACUGAACAGAUACUCAUCUACCCCAUUAAUACCUGUGGCCCCCUCCCCCAUCUUAUCUGUGGUACCACCGCCCACAUUCCUGCCCCCAACGGCCACCAUGACAGGUGUCCGGGACUGUGUGAGACUGAGGGGUCUGCCUUACGAUGCCACCAUCCAGGACAUAUUGGUUUUCCUGGGAGAAUACACAGCUGACAUAAAACCACAUGGAGUGCACAUGGUGCUUAACCAGCAGGGUCGUCCGUCGGGUGAUGCUUUUAUCCAGAUGCGUUCGGCCGAUCGGGCGUUCCUGGCAGCCCAGCGUUGCCACAAGCGCUGCAUGAAGGAGCGUUAUGUGGAGGUGUUUGCAUGUUCUGCUCAGGAGAUGAACAUCGUGCUGAUGGGGGGAACGCUCAACAGGAGCGGCCUCUCGCCGCCACCAUGUAAGUUACGACGUUUAUCACCUCCAUCGUAUUCAUUUCCUCACGGGACGGCUGUCCUUCCUGCUGGAGCUGUCCUUCCAGCAGGGGCGGUACUACCUGUGGAGCCAGCAGCUAUCUACCCCUCCCAGUUCCUGCUGAGUCCCCGGGCCCUGGCCCCAACCACUGCGUUCUAUCCUGGCAAUAACCCACUGUACAUGAACUACACCACCUAUUAUCCCAGCCCACCUGGCUCCCCCCCUAACAUCAGCUACUUCUCUGCUGGCCACACACCUUCAGUUGGCUCAGUCCUUUCAGCCCCACCCACAGCACUGAUACGAAUGCAAGGUCACGCCCCUUCCCAUGCUUACAACAGUGGGGUUAAAGAGAUCCUCAGCAUUGUACAUGGAUAUCAGCCCGGCAACAGUGAUGCCUUGGUAACUCUCCCCUCUGUGCUGUCGGCCAAGCAGCCUAUUGGAGACCAUACACUAGGAGGCGGGGCCUAUCUUGACUUGCAGUUGCUUUAAGCCAAUCCAUUCACAAAGCCACACCCCUCUGGUGGAGCAUGGAUUCAACGAACCCCCUCAAAACAAAGCAGUUUAUGCCAUUCCUUAGAUUAGCUAUUUAUAUGAGAAUUAAAAUAUAUAUAUAUAUAUAUAUAUAUAUAUGUAUUUUGACAUUAAUGUAUAUUGCACAUUGUUUUUUAUGCAUUAGAGCUAAUAUUCUUCUCAUACGGUCUCGUUGCUGAAGUCAGAUAUGUGUUUGUGAGAGUUUGUAUGUUUGUGUACAUACAUGCACAUGCAGUGAUGUUCACUCAGGAAAUAGCUGCUCGACCCAGGGUCUAAAAGAUUCUACCUGCUGAAUCCAGAUAGACUUUCACUGAUACCAUAAAUUUAAGCCAAAGGACCAGAAAAAACGUUUGUGUGUUAGUGUGUAUUUCCCUGUUGAUGUGACUCUACUAUGAGUAUGUGUAAAUAUGUGGAGGCCUUUAAUCUGAAGGUUUUAAAUUGCAUGAUGAAGUUCAAAGAGCUAGCUGUUUUAACAUGUUUACAAGGUUCGCCAAAUCCGUACACUACACGUUCAUAUCUAAUUGGCAGGUGAUUCUCACAAAACCUGUCAAGAAUAUGGCCUGGUCCUAUUUUAGUCUGAAAUAAAAACAAGAAAUUACAUUUAGCAUUUAGAAAAUAAAGCCUAUUUUAAGACCAAUAAGACAUUAUUUUCAUGACAGUUAUGCACAUUUUACCCCCAAUUACCGCAAUGUGUGUGUGUGUCUGUAUAUAUAUAUAUAUAUACUUUUUUUUUUUUUUUGACCAGGACAUUUUCUUAACAGGUUUUGAAAGACUUACCCUUUCACCAACAUUGCUCAGAAGCAAAAUCAGGAACAAUUCAUUACUUUUGUGCUUUAUAACUGUGUCAUGAAUCAUAAAUAUGCAUUGUCCUUACCCAAUGUACAAAAUCCUAUAGAUAAAUGUACUAGUUGUAUGUGUAGCAGAUGAAACUCGAUGGAUGUAUGACGUGUGUGUGCUUUCACAUGCACACCAUAACCAAAAGUCAAUGCAUGUGUGUUUAUUCACUGCACUCAGAGAGUGUUUCGGGCAUGCUGUAAUGCACACAGGUGUAUUUUCACCCAUUGUCUGUGUGUUAAGGAGUGUUUGUGUGGAAUGUGAACAGGUUUAUUUGUUACCUGCAGCUGUAUCCCAUCUGUACCCUCCUAUUUGUUUAUGCCAAUGUUUCUAGUUUAUUUUACCAUGUUUUUUUUUUCUCAAUACUAGUGAGUAAUUUGCAUGCUUAGGUUGUUAUGAGCUGUAGGUGUAAAGCGAAUGACAGCAAAAUAGUCAGUGUGAUUUAUUUGUAUGUAGUACCCACACAUGCCUACAGGCAGUAGCAAAAGGAAAAGCAUUACUCGUUCAUGUUACCGAUCUGUUUCCAUCCUAUCUCUAGUUUAUAAACAUAAGUAGAGAAAGAAAUCAUGAAUUUGGCUGUUUGGAGAAAGUAUUAUUUUAUUUUGAUAUUUUAUAAUAACUUAAAAUAAAGCAAAUUUAAGAACUUUUCUGA